GUAAGAAUCAUUUCCCGAGUAGAAUUUUGUCUAGGGAAUUCGCGAUACACUGGGCUCUGAAGUAUAGAGUUGCAGUCAACAUAUGAACCGUAAGCCACUGUGCGACGUCUUGUUGCAAGCGUUCCUGAUUGGCGUGCACCCGCUGCUGCCUCUAGUUGACGUCCAGGCGCUGCGUGCCCGUUAUGACGACUUCUGGAGCCAGUGUAGCCAGGAGCGGUCGCUGGUCCGUGGUGAAUACGACUUUACGCUCUUUUCAUUCCUGGGUCUCCUAUGGGCCGUCUUGUACUGCGGCGCCGUGACUGCCCCUAGAUCUGUCCGGGACGAGACCUCUUCCCUCCGCGCUCCCUUCCCCGAGGCCUUUCUGGCCCACCUUAAGUCCAAAAUGGAUGAGACGCUGUCAUUAUCGUGUUAUCAUGAGGUGGCGACCCUUGAUGGGCUCGUUGCUUCGGUCCUCGUCUUUGAGUGCGACCCUGAUAUGGAUGGAAUUAUAGGCGGGCCAUCAGGUCUUUCACGAUUGGUCCAAGCAGCAAAGACCCUGGGGAUUGACUGCGAGAGAUCUUGGAAUAGGGGCGGCAAGAGCGAUGUGGAACAUGAUAUGGGUCGACGGGUAUGGAAACAUAUUGUACACCUCCAGAUAAUGAGUGCCUUUACAUCGGGAGGGCCGUUGCCAUCACAGCUCGGCAAAAUAGAGACAGAUGAAGGUGACAACAGCGAGGUACUCGACGACAUGACUUCGACGGCUCUUAUUCUCGCCGCAGGGUGAUACGAGACGGCCGGUGCUUUACGACAUGUGGUGGAGAAGUGUUCAGAUACUCAGAAUGGAAUGGCGACGGAGACGUCCGAGACACUCGAUCGAUACAUCGCACAGUUUCAUGACAAGCUCGAUGACAUGAUAUCCCGGCUAUCGGCGAGCGGUCUCCCGGAGCAUGGCCAGAUCCCAUCGCAGUUAUUCGAAGCGAGCGCUCCA